GUAUAGGAACUAGGAAGAGCCCGGUCGGUCCAGAGUUAAGUUACAGAGCAGGCGAAACACAUCGACGAGCACAGAAUCCCACCGUCGAUGGAGAUCGGAAAUGGCGACGACGAUGGCGCUUGCGAAACGGGAGAUCUGUGAGCAGGAGCUCUGAAAAAAUGGCGAGGGCCAGAGGGAGGAGGUUCCGGUUCCACCGGAGAAAGCUCUGCGCCGUCGCUGCGUACGUCGCCAUCCUCCUGAUCGCCCUCUCCUUCUUCACGCUGAUCUACUUGUCGAGGAAGGGCUUCGACGGCGGUCGGGAGCACGUGUCGCCCCAGGAAGAUCAGUCUGGGCUGAUUCCAGACCAAGAGCUUUGGGAUGCUCCUUUCAGUUUGGGUUUACACACCUGCAUCAAGCCCACUGCUAGAUACAAAGGUGCACGAAAAUCAGAUCGAUAUAUAACUGUGAGGAGCAAUGGAGGAUUAAAUCAGAUGCGGACUGGUAUUGCAGAUAUGGUGGCCGUGGCACACAUAAUGAAUGCCACUUUAGUUAUUCCUCAACUGGAUAGACGAUCAUUCUGGAAUGACACAAGUACCUUUUCAGAUAUCUUUGAUGAGACUCAUUUUAUAGAAGCCUUGAAAGGAGAUGUAAGAGUUGCCAGGGAGCUCCCAAAGGAGUUGGAAUCAGUUCCUCACGCGCGGAAGCACUUUUCUUCUUGGGCCAGCACAGGUUACUAUGAAGAGAUGACAAGGUUGUGGCAUGAGUAUCAGGUAAUUCACGUUGCAAAAUCUGAUUCUCGACUAGCAAACAAUGAUCUGCCUCUUGACAUCCAGAGAUUGAGGUGCCGUGCAAUGUAUAACGCACUUCGUUUCUCUCCCCCAAUUGAGAUCCUGGCAAAGAAGCUGAUAGAGAGGCUAAGGAGUCGUGAGGGACGAUACAUCGCUCUUCAUCUUAGAUAUGAGAAAGACAUGCUGUCUUUUACGGGUUGUACUUACGGCCUGACUGAAGUGGAAUCAAAAGAGCUGACGAUAUUGAGGGAGAAGACUAAUCAUUGGAAGGUGAAAAAGAUUAAUUCCACAGUACAGAGAUUAGGAGGGAAUUGCCCUUUGACCCCCAAAGAGGUGGGGAUUUUCCUCCGAGCUCUUGGUUAUCCUCCAUCGACGUUAAUCUAUAUUGCUGCUGGAGAAAUUUAUGGUGGUACUGCUCAGUUAUCCAUGCUCUCUUCGUGCUUCCCUAAUCUUGUUUUCAAGGAAACUCUUGCCACUAAGGAAGAAUUGGAAGGGUUCACUACGCAUGCAUCUCAGACUGCUGCCAUUGACUACAUUAUCUCUGUGGAGAGCAAUGUGUUUGUUUCUUCUUAUUCCGGUAACAUGGCAAGAGCUGUUGAAGGGCAUCGAAGGUUCUUAGGCUACCGCAGGACAAUCACACCAGACAGGAAAGGGCUGGUUGAAGUUUUUGAUAGACUGGAAUCAGGAAACCUGAGAGAAGGUUCCUCGCUAUCAGAUAUUGUGCGGCAGAUGCAUGAUGACAGACAAGGAGCUCCCAGGAAAAGAAGAGGCCCACUGCCAGGAGUUAAAGGCAAAGCACGUUCCCGGACGGAGGAAUCCUUUUAUGAAAAUCCGUAUCCUGAGUGCAUAUGUGGUCCAAAAGAGGCAUUUUAAAACGAUACAAUGGUGAAAGUUUCCUGACAUGCAAGCAAAAGAAUGGCACCACGCAUGCCAGAACUCAAGCCAAAGCUUAAAUGCCUUUUGCUGGGGGUUACCUUGCCUCUUGUACACCUAAGGUGGGAAAAACCGACAACGUCCAGUGUUUUCAAUUCCCGAUUGCUCCAUUCCUAAAAGAAGGUAGGAAGAUUCUUUUUUGUCUUUUACAUCUGUCCUAUAGGUUCUGAUGUCGUGAUCUGUUAGGCUUGUCCAGUUGUAGAACGGCAACAGCUGUAGGUUUACUUGAUUUAGCUAGAGGAGAAUCUUGGAUUUUCAGCCCUAGAUCUUGCUCUAGGUUUUUCUUCUUGUCCAGGAUUUUGUACAUCCUUCUUUAACUAUGUUCUGAAUGAAAUAGAAGCUUGUACAUUGCCGAAACCGGGUCUCUUCCGGUGUCGAA